AGGAACCCAAAGGAUUUGUGUCCAUUUUCGCUGCCGCUCAUAGAUUCAUUAGAGAACAUCUUCGUUUUGUUCAUAACUGAGAGCUAAAUGAAUCCUGCGAAUCCCUUUGCAGGAAAGAGUGUUGCUAUCAAUUCUAUUGCUCUAAGGUGGCAGAAAUCUAAUUGUUAUUGUAUCGAAUUGAACAAGACCCACACGCUUUGUUCAUAACUGAGAACUAAAUAACACGCCUAGUACGUAGUCACCUCCACUACAUAGACCUUCACAUACACCCGUAGAUCGAAAAGAUGUCAGAUCUUGCCUUAGUGAGCAACGUAAAGAAGAGUCCCGUCUUCUCUUUUGGGAGCAAAGGACGUAAUCUAGCAAAUACAGAGGCCCUCCGAACACCGGGUCCCGGGUCAUAUGCCAUAGACCAGGCCAAAGAUGGAAGGAAAGCAAGACCGCAAGCGUAUUUACCAAUAGACUUAAUGAUAGUCUCUUCUGUACUACUAAAAAAGGCUCAUUUAUUUUCCACUGAUGGAAUAAACUCAAAUACAAAUAAUGCUUUCCAGGCACUCUUACUUUCCAACAAAAAAAUUUUCACCUAGGUAUUGUUUUCCAACCAAAACUCUCGUCAGGUAUUCUUUCCGACCCAAGCUGAGGAGCGAAAAGCUGUCUGACGUGCCUGGUCCAGGCAGUUACGAUCAGGACAGCAAAUUCAAUAGGCCAGGGUCAUCGUACUACUUUUUGAUACUUGUUUACGAUUAAAAACAUUAUUUAUCAUAGGCAAUGCUUCAUUAUUAUUGACGAUGCUUCAUUAAAUUUAUCAUAGGCUAUCUCUAUCUGAUCCUCCUCUUGUUCCCAGCGCUUUUUUGGAUCUCCUACAUCAGGCGUUCUAAAACGAGAUGCACGACUUUACAGUAUCCUGGUAUAUUCUGAUGUUUGAUCAUCACUCCUGGUCUAUUCUGAUAAAUUAAAGAUGCUACACCCCAUGAGUGGGUACAUCAAUCAAUCACUCAAUCAAUCACUCAAUCACUCAAUCAGCUCAAUCAACUCAAUCAACUCAAUCAGCUCAAUCAGCUCAAUCAACUCAAUCAACUCAAUCAACACAAUCAGCUCAAUCAACUCAAUCAACUCAAUCAACUCAAUCAACUCAAUCGGCCCAAUCAACUCAAUCAUCUCAAUCAACUCAAUCAGCCCAAUCAGCUCAAUCAACUCAAUCGUCCCAACCCCCAGCCGCGGCGCCAUGUCCCAGUCGCAGCGUCAUUCGCGUGUAGGCGGUAGCUUUAUUCCGGGCCCAGGAGCUUACGAUAUUCCUAAUUCCAUCGGCAAAUCGAAGAGCGGAUUCAGUAUGCGUCCUCGAACGGGAGCAGGAAUAAAAUCUGACAGUGUGCCAGGUCCAGGAACAUACGAGACAAAUGAUGCAACGUAUAUUUAUGCUUACAAAUUUUUUUAUAGUUAAUACUGUCCUGUUUUCGGGGUUGUUUCGUCUCAUGUGGAACUUAUUUGACUAUCUAAGGUUUACCCGCUUAAUGCUUUUUGACUUUGUUGUUGGCAAAUUACAGUACAAGAAAAACAGUGUUGUACCAGUUGUAAUGCAACGUAUAUUAGAAAUUUUUAAUGCUUUUUGUUGUUGGCAAAUGAUAGUACAAGAAAAUCAUCAAUGUACGAGUUGGAAGACCGCCCUCUAAAUGAGAAUGUUCUAUUUUUCUGCGAAGAAUAUACUCGAGCAAGUAGAUUUUUCAUCGCAACAGAGUUCCUUUUUCUCUAAGCAGCUCUCAGACUAUGCCUCUCAUCUCUCGAACGUCUCAGUGUCUCAAACCAUCUCCCCCUCAGAUGUAGCAAAAGAGGACUCCAUGGUGUGUCAAAGCACGCAAAUAAAGCCUUCCGCUUUGCACAGGAGCAUCGGAGUUUGAAGUACUUACUUACUACUUUUGGAGGCAACUAAGUAUCACGUGUUUUUAUUUUCGGAGGCAACUAAGUAUCACGUGUUGUUAUUUUCAAGAUUCGACCUCGCGAUCUUCAAUAAUCUUCUGUCUCAUGAGAAAUUUUAUCACCAUAUCAUCAUCAAGGUACGGGGAUUCCUCCACUCCUGGACCGGGUAGCUACGAUUGCGCCAACAAGUCACAAAAUGUCAAGACCGCAGCACCAAAAUUCUCGAUGAAAGGUGGCGGUCGCCCAAUUCUGCGUAUGGCUGAUACCCCAGGACCUGGAAGCCAUAACGUCGGUUCCUUAUUUGGCUCUUCUUAUGGAUACUACAACAAAUGAGAUGGUCCAACAAAAUGAACAACUUCUACAAUUUUCCAUUGUGCUGUAAGCCUAUGCAGGUCAACGAUCACUUUUCUGGUUACAAGGUUACAGUCGUUUCAGUCGUCCGCAUAUUAUCAAGAGGGAAAUAAAAUGUACUUUAUAGAAAUUGGAUAGGAGGACGGCUGAAAAGGGAAAUGAAUUGCAAAUGAUAGUUACAGAAUAUCCACAAGCUAAGACUGAAAAGACUAAACACACUUACAAAAUAUGAAACACCAAUGCCAUUGUAGUUUUCUCAAUUAUCAACUUAGUUUUCUCAAUUAUCAACUAUGAGUAUGAAUGAGGUCGUUCAACACAGAGAAGGGAAAUAGAUUUGUAUUAAGCUUUUGGGAUGGGUUGAUGCGCAUAUUACGGCGUAGAGACUUGAAAGGUGGCGCGAUCAAACAUAGGGAGAAGAUCAU